AUGGCCAGCAAAGUCGAACGCAUCGUCGCCCGGCUGCAGGAAAAGAUCGCCGAUGGCGACUUUUACGAAGCGCAGCAGCAGACGCGAGUCGCCGCCUCGCGCUACAUCAAGACGCAGAACUGGCCCGCGGCAAUCGAUAUCCUCUACAGCGUCGCGCAGUCGCUGCUCAAGGCGGCGCAGGGCGGCAGCGGCGGCGACUUGUGCGUCAUGAUGGUGGACGUGUAUAAGCAGGCUGAGCUGAAGCCGGAUGCGACGAGCAAGGGGAGGCUGCUGACGUGUCUGCGGCUGUUUGAUCCGGAAGAGCCCACAAGGAAGAAGUUUAUUACUGAGAGCAUGGGAUGGUCUUCCAAGUUUGGCGAGUACCCUGCGGGCGAUCCUGAGCUGCACCACGUGGCUGGCUCACUAUACGCUGAAGAGCACGAGACAUACGAGGCCGAACGACACCUGAUACUGGGGACCAAGGACUCGCCAGAAGUGCUCUUCAACAUGGAGUAUGCUUGGUACAGAGAAGGAGACGCCCACAUGGCACCGCACUUUGCGGCGCGAGCUGUCCUCCCCUAUCUCCUCGUCGGCAACGUCCGCGCCGCCACCACCAGCUAUCGACUCUUCGCCAGCGCCCUCACAAACGAUAACCCAGCCCUCGGUGUCCAAGACGUUUCUAGCGCCACCUCCGACGUUCGCAUCUUCCCCAGCCUCCCACUGCUCAACUUCUUGGGCCUGCUGCUCCUGGCCAUCCAGCGAGGGGCUCCCGAAGUCUACAAGGGUCUGGUGUCCAAGUAUGCGACGCAGAUAGACGAGGCCGAGGCGUGGGCGGAGCCCCUGGAGAUGAUUGGCGAGAUGUACUUUGGCAUACAGAAGCCGCGACAGAGCAACCCCCUGAUGGACAUGAUGAGCGGGCUGUUUGGUGGAGGUGGUGCCGCGCCGCCGCAGCAGACACGGCGACCGGGGUUGCGUGGAGCGGAUGCUCCUGCUGCUGAAGGGUUAGACUAA